AUGAGCAGUCCGGACGCGGGAUACGCCAGUGACGAUCAGAGCCAGCCCCGGAGCGCGCUGCCCGCGGUGAUGGCCGGACUGGGCCCCUGCCCCUGGGCCGAGUCGCUGAGUCCCCUCGGGGACAUGAAGGUGAAGGGCGAGGCGGCAGCGAGCAGCGGAACGACGGCCGGGGCCGCGGGCCGAGCCAAGGGAGAGUCCCGCAUCCGGCGACCAAUGAAUGCCUUCAUGGUGUGGGCAAAAGACGAGCGCAAGCGGCUGGCGCAGCAGAACCCGGACCUGCACAACGCUGAGCUGAGCAAGAUGCUGGGCAAGUCGUGGAAGGCGCUGACGCUGGCGGAAAAGCGGCCCUUCGUGGAGGAGGCCGAGCGGCUGCGCGUUCAGCACAUGCAGGACCACCCCAACUACAAGUACCGGCCGCGGCGCCGCAAGCAGGUGAAGCGGCUGAAGCGGGUGGAGGGAGGCUUCCUGCACGGCCUCACCGAGCCGCAGGCCACCGCGAUGGGCCCCGAGGCCGCUCGUGUGGCCAUGGACGGCCUGGGCCUGCCCUUCCCGGAGCAGGGCUUCCCCGCCGGCCCGCCGCUGCUGCCCCCGCACAUGGGCGGCCCCUACCGCGACUGCCAGGGCCUGGGCGCGCCCCCACUCGACGGCUACCCGCUGCCCACGCCUGACACGUCCCCGCUGGACGGCGUGGAGCCCGAUCCGGCCUUCUUCGCCGCGCCGUUGCCCGGGGACUGCCCGGGCGCCGGCACCUAUAGCUACGCUCAAGUCUCGGACUACGCGGUGGCUCCGGAGCCGCCCGGUCCCGUGCACCCCCGGCUGGGUCCCGAGUCCGCGGGCCCCGCAAUGCAGGGCCUCCUGGCGCCCCCCAGCGCCCUGCACAUGUACUACGGCGCCAUGGGCUCGCCCUCGGUGGGCGGCGGGCGCAGCUUCCAGAUGCAGCCGCCGCCGCAGCAACAGCAGCCGCCGCCGCCACCGCCGCAGCAGCAGCACCAGCAGCACCCGCAGCACCAGCACCCGCCGGGACCCGGGCAGCCGUCGCCCCCUCCCGAGGCGCUGCCCAGCCGGGAUGGAGCGGACCCCAGCCAGCCCGCCGAGCUUCUCGGGGAAGUGGACCGCACGGAGUUUGAACAGUACCUGCACUUCGUGUGCAAGCCCGACAUGGGGCUCCCCUACCAGACACAUGACUCCAGUGUGAAUCUCUCCGACAGCCACGGGGCCAUCUCCUCCGUGGUGUCGGACGCCAGCUCCGCGGUGUACUACUGCAAUUACCCCGACGUCUGA